UAAAUAGGAAAAUCUGGUUAUAAACAAAACGGGUAGGUUCUCCUAAUUGCAAUGCAGAUAAUUAAUAUAAAAAUACUAUGAGGCAUAUUGAAAAAAAAUAAUGAAAGAUUUUUCCCUUGGAUUACAAAUUUGAAAGAAGGUGAGAUCGAAUUGCAAGAAGAUCACAGUUAAUAAUAACAGGCAAAAGAGAAGAUCAUUUAAUCAAGAGAAUUUAUAGAAAGUCUGGAUGAAGGUUGUAUAUAAAUUGAUUCUUGGAAUUUCAAUCAAAUUAUUGAUUAAACUAUUAAUUAUAAUUAUUAGGUACAGGAGGUUUAGAAAGAAAAUGUGGAAGAAAGGAAAUAGGAUGUUAAGAGGAGGAUACUGAU